GAACUUCCAAAAUGGCGAACGAAGAUUGGAGGCUCUGUGCGGAUUGGCUAUACCGCAUGAAGAUUUUAGCUAACGAUUCGAAAGUUGUAGACAGCAGUGCAGUUGCAUUCGAUUUAGCACAGACUCUUCGAGAUGGAGUGUUAAUAUGUUAUCUUUUGAACACUAUAAAACCCUGUUCCAUCGACUUGAAAGAAUUUAGUCAACGACCUCAGAUGUCACAGUUCUUAUGCCUGAAGAACAUCAGAUCUUUUCUAACAGCCUGCAAGACAGUGUUUGGUUUCAAGGAGUCUGACCUCUUUGACUCUUACGACCUUUUUGAUGUCAAAGAUUUUGGAAAGGUCAUUCACACACUUUCCAAGCUCUCCAAACUCCCAGAAUCCACACGUAUAGCGAGUGGAUUUUCUCUACGACGUAAAGAACGAAAAAAUGCUGAUGAUGAAGAAUAUUUUGGUUUGGAAGAAAGAGCGACUGAGCAAACCUUAGAGGAUGCAGAAGAGUUGUAUGACUCAGUAGUGCAAGAGAGUGAGGAAAUUGAAGAAGACAUAUAUGAUGAUUUGUGUAGUAUACAAAAGCGACGCAGACCAACAAGUACUAUAGGAAAUCUAGAGCCAAAAUCAAAGAGAGAUUAUUGUAUCAAAGAACUCGUAGAGACUGAAAAGAAUUAUGUUGAUGCACUUAACAUGAUUUGUACACAUUUCAUUAAACAAUUAAAGAAUGUACUUCAGCCUGCAGACCGGGAAAUCAUAUUCUGUCACAUUGAGGAACUACUAAAUGUCCACACUGGGUUCCUGAGUGAACUAACACGCUGUUGUGAGAAGGAUUUGGCCACAGUCCACGCAGGGUUUUACAAUGAUUUAAACAAAGCAUGCAGUAUGAACUCAAGCAGUAAAAUGAAAAUAAGUGAUUGCUUCAUCAAAUGGAAGAAGCAGUUCCUCAUAUAUGGACAGUUUUGUGCCAACUUACCACAAGCCCAGGAACAAAUUGACACAUUGACAAAGAAAGAUGAAAUGAUCAAUCAGAGUGUCAUUAAAUGUCAAAAAGAUGCAAAUGAUGGAAAGUUCAGAUUAAGGGACUUACUAUCUGUGCCAAUGCAGAGGGUACUUAAGUACCAUCUACUCCUGAGAGAGUUGGUGAAGCAGACGGACAAAAUGCAUGAAGACAGACAGGGAUUGGAGAAGGCAUUAGAGGCAAUGCAGGAUCUCUCUUUGUACGUGAAUGAAGUGAAACGUGAUCACGAAACAAUCCAAACCACGAUGGAAAUCCAGGCGAACAUCGUUGACUUAGCUCUGCCGGUGAACACAUCUCUGAAGGAUUAUGGGAGACUGCUGAAAGAUGGGGAACUACGGGUGAAGUCCCAUGAAGACACAAGGACUAGGCCCAGUAACAGAUGUAUAUUUCUCUUUGACAAAGUGAUGCUGAUGUGCAAAUCACGGGGUGAGCAAUAUAGCUACAAAAAUGCCCUAAUCUUAUCACAGUACAGAGUGGAAGAGAACAGUGUCAUAACACACAAGGCUAAAGAUCCUAAGUGGAGUUACCAAUUUAUGCUUGUGGAGAAACAAAACAAAUCAGUGUUCAACUUCUUUGCAAAGACAGAAGACCAGAAGCGUAAAUGGAUAGAUGCUAUACAGAUGGCCCAGGAUAAUACAUCACCACCAGGUGCCUCUCAGCUGGGUACGGACAAUGAGUUCAUCAUGUACAGCUUUGCUGAACCAACUGAGUGCGAUGUUUGUAGGAAACUGCUGCGGGGAAUCUUCUUCCAGGGCUACAAGUGUCAAAAGACCAACAAAAAUGUCCAUAAAGAAUGUAUUAAGAAGGUUCGCAAAGGUGCCCAACCCCCAGUUCCUGAACAGAGACCUAUUUCCUCACCUGGGCAUGUACCUAUGAGACCCCCAAAACCUCAUGGCAAAGUGAAAGCAGUCAACUCAUACCAAGGUAUUCCUCCCUCAGAUGGCAGAAAAGUCUUACAUUUCCAAACGGGUGACGUCAUAGAGGUGCUAAAUAAAGAUGACGACAAUUGGUGGGAGGGAAGGUUGCAAGGUGUUGAUGGUUAUUUCCCUAAAAACUAUGUGAUGGACUGGACUACAAUGUCACACAGGAGGCCAUCAUAUGAACACACAAUGCCUGGGGCAUUUAGUGCACUUAAACUGAAUGGUUAUGGGAGCCAGGUUCCUCUCCCCCCUACACAUCCUUCAAGAUUGUCAGUAGUCCUCCCCCCACCAGAUGUCUCUACUGGCCCUUUGGGUAGUACCGGUUACGUUAACCUUAAUGACCUAAGUCCGUUUUUGUGGUUUGUCGGAGAGUUGAGUAGAGAAGCAGCUGCUGCGCGAUUAGAUGGCCAUCCUGGAAGUACCUAUCUUGUUCGGGAGAGCAUAGGACCCGCUAGGAGGGGAGAAUUUGCCCUUAGUAUAAAAUAUGGUUCAACAGCCAAACACAUAAAAAUAAAUAGAACUCCAAGUAAUGAGUUUUAUAUAGCAGAUAUAAAAGUAUUCAAAAGUAUACCAGAGCUAGUAGAGUACUACCAAAAGAAUUCUCUCGAGGAAAGCUUCCCAGAGCUACAAACAACGUUAGCCCUUCCAUUCAAAGUUAGUCAACAACGGUUAGGUCCAAGGACAUCUUCUUCGAUUUUGGGGUAUGCAAUCGUAUUAUUUGAUUAUGCAGCUACAGCACCAAAUCAGUUAUCACUUACAAAAGAUGAGAGAGUGGCAAUAACCAGCAAGGCAGGGGGUGACAAGGGCUGGUGGAAGGGCAAAUUAAUGGACAGCAGUAGGAGUGGCUACUUUCCACGUGCAUAUGUCGAGGAGCUAGAUGAAAACGGAGCCUGUCCCUGAUCCAUAUGUGACCAAAAAUACUGAACUAAAGCAACUUAUUGAAUCUGUUUAACAUCUUCACCAUAUGCUCAUAGUGAUAGUGUAAGAGGAUUUGGUCUCAUCAUAUGUGUACUCUGUGACUCGGUCCACUCACUUGAACAAUGUUGCAGAAAGGAUAAUAAUAUAAUGUUGUGAUUCAGAUUAGAGAAUGCCAUAUCUCCACUCAUAUCAAUGUCUCCCUUGUCAUAUAUCCACCCAUAAUAUCCCAUUGGGCCUUCCAAAUACAAUUCAACUUUCCCAAGUAACCCCCGCAACUCUCUAUAUUUGUGGGUAAUGCAGAGCCUAAUAUAAAAGACUAGCACAACAGAAUGGAAAACUUAUAAUUUACAAAUUUAUGAAGCAUUGUAGGUUCUACCAGAAACUUAUAAUAGCAUAUUAUAAUUUAUAAUAGGUGGAAUAAUCAGAAUCAAAAAUGUUAAUAUAAAUAAUUAUAUGUGCAUUUACAACUUGUUUACUUCCUGUAUGUAAUCUAUCUACUCAGAUCCUUGGAAACACUGUAGGCAUAAGAGGGGGCAAGUUGUAGCAAAUAUUAGAGUUGAUAAAUGAAUCAAUUGCCAUGAUGUCAUUUAAUCAUGCAAUCACUGAAUGGAACGCAGUAUUUUGACAAAUGAGUGAAGAACAUUUUUAAUCACCUAUAAUUAGGCAAUAUUAGUUGAGGUUGGUGAAAUGCCCUGCCCAAAAAAAUAUAGACAGAUCAUUCAAUAAAAGGACAUAGGGAAAAAAUUUAAAAAGGUCCAUGUGCAGUAUGGCA